GGCUGCUGCUGUCAUUCAGAGUCUUCAUGAACAGAAUCUCACAACAGAAGACUCCGUAUAAUUGGAAUUAGAGUCGCGGGAUAUUAAUCGCAUCCAGAGUUACUGCAAAUAAUCGGCUAUGCAAGGCUUGGUCGGUCUGGCAGAAAGAUAAUUAUAUAAGAAUAUACUGAGGAAGGGGAAGUCGUUCGAUUCCCCUAGUAAUGCUACUAAUUAAUAAAGGCCUGCACUUCUGCACGCGUUAAAUUGUGUUGUUUUUAAAUUUGGAUUUGUUCAAAACUAGGCUAUCCCCAUGGCUUCAAUACUUGAUGAAUACGAGGACUCUCAGACCAUUCGGCACUCAACGCAGCAGCAGCAGCAGCAGCAUACCCGCCUUUCAGCAUCUAACAUUGGGAUUACACACUCAGGAUUCGUAAAUGCCAGAUUGGAGGAAGAGAAGCCGAUAUUCAAUAAGCAGAGGAUUGAUUUUUCUCCCCCUGAGAAGAUUAAUCACUUUGCAGUCUGCAAUAACCAACUUUGUAUGAGCCUUGGGAAAGACACCCUGUUGAGAAUUGAUCUUGGAAAGCCUGAUCAACCAAAUCAGAUUGAACUUGGACGCAAGGAUGAUGCAAAAGUACACAAGCUAUUCCUGGAUCCUACAGGUUCCCAUCUGCUGAUCAGCCUAAAUACAAAUGAGUGCCUGUACCUGAACAGAAACACUCAGAAGGUGCGGAGCCUCUCGCGAUGGAAGGGUCAUCUCAUUGAGAGCAUUGGCUGGAACAAGCUCCUGGGUACAGAGACCAACACGUGGCCCAUCCUGGUGGGCACCAGCCAGGGACAGAUCUAUGAGGCAGAGAUCUCGACAUCAGAAGGAAGCCUAUUCAAUACCAACCCGGACCAGUAUUUUAGACUGGUCUACACUUUAGAUGAAGAUGGCAGAUCGGCCCCUGUUUGCUGUUUGGAAAUUGAGCGGGGGAUCGAAUCGAAGUUCUUCAUCAUAGCGACCACACGGAAACGUCUGUUCCAGUUUAUCGGGAAAGUGCCAGAAGGUACAGAGCAGCAGGGCUUUAGUUCCAUUUUCAGCCAAAACGCGGACCAUUUCCCCAGCUUCCAGGAGUUUCCAGCCAAUCUUGGCUUCAGUGAAAUAGCGUUUUACACCCCCAAGCUGCGUACCUCGCCACGAUCAUUUGCCUGGAUGAUGGGUAAUGGAGUUUUAUACGGAACGUUGGACUAUACCCGUCCAGAUUCUCUGUUAAGUGAUGUUCAGGUUUGGGACUAUCCUCCGGAUAUCGAUUUCAAUUUCAACAAGCCCAUUUCCAUUGUCCUGACGCAGUUCCAUUUUCUGCUCUUGUUGCCUGAUCGGGUGAAAGCUGUAUGCAUCUUAAAUGGGCAGGUGGUUUAUGAAGAUGUCUUCCCAGACAAGUUUGGUUCCUUGAAAAAGAUGACCAAAGACUCGGCUGGCGGAUUAGUGUGGAUUUACACCGAGAAAGCUGUUUUCCGCUACCACAUUCAGAGAGAGGCGCGAGAUGUGUGGCAAAUGUACAUGAGCAUGAGCAAGUUUGACUUGGCCAGAGAGUAUUGCAAAGACAGGCCCGAGUGCCUUGACAUUGUCUUGGCCAAAGAAGCUGAGCACUGCUUCCAGAAUAAGAAGUACCUGGAGAGCGCCAAGUGUUAUGCUCUGACGCAAAACUAUUUUGAAGAGAUUGCCUUAAAGUUCAUUGAAGCCAAGCAGGAAGAUGCUCUGAAAGAAUUCCUAAUGAAGAAACUCAACAACCUGAAGCCCAGCGAGAAGACACAGAUCACCCUUCUGGUCACCUGGCUUACGGAACUCUGCCUCAACAGGUUGGGCACCUUAGAAGGGGAUGAGUCAAAACGUAGCCUUUUCUUGGAGAGCAGAGAAGAGUUCCGCAAGUUCCUCAGCAGCUCCAAAAUCAAAGAAUGUCUGUACAACAACAGAACGACCAUUUAUGACCUUUUGGCCAGUCACGGAAAUGUGGAAGACAUGGUGUUCUUCUCGGUUAUUAUGCAGGACUAUGAGCGUGUGAUCUCCCACUAUUGCCAGCAUGAUGACUACGAAGCAGCCCUGGAGGUGUUAUCUAAGCACCGCGAUGAGAAGCUGUUCUACAAGUUCUCACCAGUCCUCAUGCAACACAUCCCCAGGAAGGUGGUAGAUGCCUGGAUCCAGAUGGGGAAGAAACUAGACUCCAAGAAUCUCAUCCCUGCUCUGGUCAACUACAGCCAGAUUGGCAGUACAGAGCAGAUCAAUGAGACCGUACGCUACAUGGAGUUUUGUGUAUAUGAGCUGGCUGUAACGGAAGAGGCAAUACACAACUACCUGCUGUCUCUCUAUGCCAAGUACAAGCCAGAGUCUUUGCUUUUGUACUUGGAGCAGACUGUAACACACUCUUCAGACAUUCACUAUGACCUCAAGUACGCCUUGCGUCUGUGUGCUGAACAUGGGCAUCAUAAAGCCUGCGUGCACGUCUAUAAGAUAAUGGAACUGUAUGAGGAGGCAGUGGAUCUGGCAUUGCAGGUAGAUGUGGACCUGGCCAAAUCCUGUGCAGACCUGCCGGAGGAUGACGAGGAACUGCGGAAGAAGCUGUGGCUGAAGAUCGCCCGCCACGUGGUGCAGGAGGAGAAGGACGUGAAGAAAGCCAUGAACUGCCUCUCCAGCUGCAACCUGCUCAAGAUUGAAGACAUCCUGCCCUUCUUCCCAGAUUUCGUCACCAUUGACCACUUCAAGGAGGCCAUCUGCAACUCGCUGGAGGAGUACAACAAACAUAUCGAGGAGCUCAAGCAGGAGAUGGAAGAAGCCACAGAGAGUGCCAAGCGGAUUCGAGAGGACAUCCAGGAGAUGAGGAACAAGUACGGUGUGGUCGAGUCUCAGGAGAAAUGCGCUGCCUGUGACUUCCCCCUGCUCAACCGCCCAUUUUACCUAUUCCUGUGCAGCCACAUGUUCCACUCUGACUGCCUCCAUCAAGAGGUCAGCCCCCACCUGUCUGCUUACAAGCAGACCAAGCUGGAGGAACUCCAAAAGAAGCUAUUGACCACCAGCCAGCCCACCAAGUCCAGACAUCGGCCGAAAGAGGAGGACAUGGCAAGCCUGGGAAAAGGACAGCUGAGCCGACAGCAGAUCAAGUCAGAUAUUGAUGACAUCAUUGCUGCAGAGUGCGUGUACUGUGGGGAGCUGAUGAUCAAGUCUAUUGAUAAGCCUUUUAUUGACCCACAGAAGUAUGAGAAUGAAAAAUCAAGCUGGCUGUAAGGAUUGGUACAGCUACAUCCAGAAUGGGGGUGGUUCUCACUAAGCUAAGGGCAAGUACAGAACUAUCUGCUAGGAUGUACUGUGAGGUUUGCCUGUACUUAACUGCUGCAUUGGUGUAAGGCAAAAUUGAAACCUACAACUGCACUUGUGAAUACUUCUGAUCAGUUUGUGGUUGUAAGACAAGAAUUGCAUUUUCCUUCAAAUAUGUGUUUGUAAAGCACCUGGUUCCCCACUUCCCUCCAUUUUUUAUUUAUUUUUGCUCAGAACGGAAGCAGAAGUAUACUAAUUUUCUUCAUAGCAGGUACAGCAGAAGUGGCAGCAUUGCAGAAUUAUAAAAUGCACUAAAUCUGCUUGAAAAUGUAAAUCAAUACAUCUUUAGUCACACUGAUUAAUAUGUACCUUUUUCAAAACAUGCAAGUUUCUUUCACACCUACCUGUCUAUCUUUCUCAGCACUAUUGUAGAGAGAACAAUCUCUUGGGUGUAGAAUAUGUAGUUCAGUCUCCAUGUCUAUCUUUGUUCACUCUGAGAGCGCUGAUUGUGGUAACGGGAGGUCCAUUGUUAAAUGAAACUGAAACUGCCAGAAUUAAUUUCACUGCAGCAGCCACAGAUUUGUAUAGAUUUCCACCAAUACUGACCUUGACUGGCUUUUUACAGGCCCCAUCUCCAACUGCCAGUCCAUUGAGCUACCCACCUGUCUUUUUCUCCAUGCCUCCUUUGUAACAAAACAUACAUUGCCAUCCAGUUCAAAUUGAUGUUGGUUAAACCCUGCCUUCUAGUAAGUGAUAUUGUACUCUCGCUUGGUUGAGCCCCUGUUUAAACUCUAAGCCUACUCCCUAUACCUCUGACCACUCGGGAAGCAAGCUAAGUGUUCUUUAAGACAGAGUUGACCACCAGACACAAUAUGUAUCAAUAAGUAAAUAUGUAUUAUUUGUCAGGACACACGUGCAUCAACAUGAAAUUAACAGAGUAAUAAACUAAACUGUUAUAACAAACUAACCAUCAAACAAAAUGUAUACAUACCCCUUCACACGUUAAAAAAUGCUUCAGCAGCGCUAGAUUUAUUAUGAGUACCUGUACAGGUGCAAUAUUGUUGAAUCGCUUUUAAGGGACGUUCCUGUUUCUUUAGGCGGAGCAUUUACAAUGAGAAAAGUCAGUUUCGCCAGAAGGGUGUUCUCGUAGGUGAAGUGUUCUCUUAGGAGGUUCCUAUACGUGAUGACUACUGCCCCCCUUUUAAAAGCCUUAAAGAGUAUUCAGUAUAGCCCAACAAUCACAAUUCUGUCAAAUAAAGAAUGAUCUGAACAUGUAGUUUGGAGUGUCUACAAACACUUCUGUUCACUUUCAUGCCUCUGCAUGUGAAACACAGUAAAAUGCUAAAAGUUAUUUUUCAGUUUUAUUACUGUGCAAACAGCUGUGUAAUUCUGGUUCUGUCGAACCACACAGCAGCUUUGUGUGUAACAUGCAGGAGGCCUUCCACGUGUAACAAAUGUAUUACAGAAACAUGUAAUCUGCUAAAUCAAUCAAUCAAUCUUUAUUUGAUACAAUGCCUUUCAU